UUGUUAAAGUCAUUUCCGUGGCACUGCGAUGCGCGCGCGUGCGGUACGCUCGAUUCUCGCCUUCUAACCAUGGCUGGGGUCGAUCAUGCUUACCAGUACUCAGUGGAGGUGAAAAGCAGGUUUUCAUUGUUCUUGGAUGAUCCCUUGAGCAAUGAAGAUCCUGAUUUGCUACAGAACCGGAUUCUGAACCAGCGGCAAGAGCGGAAAAAGAAGGACAAGCCAGUCACCGCGGUCGAAGAACCGAAGUUGGCUGAUUCGUUACAAGAAAACGAAGUAAAGCCAGAUGACGCGGGUAGCAAAGUUAAAGGUGCAGGAACACCAAAGCAAACCAAAACAUCUCAAGCAUCAGUCGUGGUCACCCCAAGCGAACCGGUCAGUGAGCUACCGUCGAAAACGUCUGAGGAGCACAUGGAGCCUUCCGCUCCCCGAGGACGCGGAGCGCCACGUGGAUUUGCUCGCGGAAUGCGAAGCAGAGGAUUAGGCCCCCGGGGGUUUAAUGAGGGACCUCCUGCAGGUGACUUUCAAACACAAAGCCGGGAGAUGCAUUUCGAACCACGUGGUCGUGGACGUGGCCGUGGAGGAUUCUCAAGAGGUCGGGGUUCCGCAUAUACCGAUCACAGGGAGUUCGAUCGAUCUGUGGGUUCGGACCGAGUGGGACCUCGUGCUGGUUACCAAAAGGAAGCCGCCCACUUUGCAGACCAACCGACUGAAGGUGAUAACUCUCAACAAGCCCCUGCGCCAGAGGGCGGUGACGUUGAACGGUCAGAGGUAGAAGAUAGCGAAAAACAUGAAGAGUUGGUCAACGGAGAAGCGGAACCAGCUGAGGAGGAACCAAAGACUCUGACGCUUGAGGAGUACAAAGCGUUGCGUUCUAGCACGAAACCAACUGUGGCACUGGCUUCAAAAGGGACCCGUAAAGCUAAUGAUGGAAAGGAUGUUUUCGCAAACAUGGUUCCACAUAGGAAGAUCAACGAGGUUUCUGAUGAGGAAGUUGAAGAAGUGGAGAAAGAGCCUGAGGAGGAGCCGGUAUUCGAAAUAAAUGUGUCAUUCACGGACAGGUUCUCCGAGCGAGGCAGAGGGUCUUACGGAGGACGAGGAGCCUUCGAUCGCGGGCGUGGGGCCCCCGGGUUCCGCGGAAAUAGCGGAAGGCCAAGAGGUGGUCGUGGUGCGCGUUCUGGAUUCAGAGGAGCCCCAAGGGGACGGGGUUUUGCUAGAGGCAUGGGCUUCGAACAUCAGGUUGCCCCUCCAAUAUACAGUGACCAGGACUUUCCAACUUUGAAGUAA